AUGGUGUUGGAAAUAUUGAAAAACAAUUAUAAAGGAAAUGGGGAAAAUUAUUACAAUAAAAAUAAUAAACACCAAAAAAAAAAUAAAGGAAAAAUAAAUGUGUUAGAUGAUGAUGAAUAUGAUAACGAAAAUGAUGAUAAAAAUGUAGAUAGUGCAAACAAUUUAGAGUUAUGUUACUUAUAUGAAAUAUAUAAAAAUGGGUUUAAUAAAGAAGAGAACAAUGAAAUUAUUCUGUCUCACAAAAAUAAUAAAAAAGGGCUUAUAUAUAAAAAUAAAAUUAACGCAUUAUAUGAUAAUUCAAAAGAGAUGUUACAUUAUAGAAAUCAAGAAAACGAAGAAAAUGAUAUAUUCGAGGAAGAUAUUUAUGAAAAUGAUAAUUUUGAUGAUAAUAAUUUUGUAGAGGAAGAAAAUGUUGAAUAUAAAACGUACAAUUCGUUUACAAAUGAAGAGGUCAACAUGUUAAAUAAUUAUUCAAGAGUAAAUAUUAAAAAUAUUUUAGAUUCUCACAAUAUAAAUAAACGAGAAUUAUAUAACAAACACAACAAUAACAACGGGGAUAAUAAUAGUACUAAUAAAAAGAAGAAUGAUAAAAAGAAUUUUAAUAAGGAUGAUUCUAAUAUCAGGGAAUAUUCUAAGAAUAAUAAUAUUACUAGAAAUUUAUAUAAAAAAAAUUUAUUAUACUGCCAUGAAAAAUAUAACGAAAAGGAUAAAAGUACUUAUGAGUAUCAUAUUGACGCAUGUGAUAAUUUUUAUGAAUAUGGUGAUGAAUAUAAUAGCAAUCAUAAAUCAGAAGGAAAAAAUAUAUUUGAAAUAAAAGACGUAAAUAUAGAUAGAAAGGGAACUAAGAAAUUUCAAAAAUUAGACAAAAAUAAAGAAACGACGAAAGAUAUGGAUUACGAUUAUUAUGAUGAGGAUAACGUUGAUUAUGAAGAUGAUAAUGUUGAGGGUGAAGAUGGUAAUAUCGAAGAUGAAGAUGAUAAUAUCGAAGAUGAAGAUGAUAAUAUCGAAGAUGAAGAUGAUAAUAUCGAAGAUGAAGAUGAUAAUAUCGAAGAUGAAGAUGAUAAUAUUGAGGAUGAAGAUGAUAAUGUUGAGGAUGAAGAUGAUAAUAUUGAGGAUGAAGAUGAUAAUGUUGACGACGAAGAUGAUAAUAAUGUUGACGACGAGGAUGAUAAUGUUGAGGAUGAAGAUGAUAAUGUUGACGACGAAGAUGAUCAUAUUAGUGAUGAAGAUUAUAAAGAUGAUAAAGAAGAUAAUUAUAUUAAAUAUAACGAAAAUGAUAAUGUUAAUGAUGAUGAAGAUAAUUAUUAUGACGAAGAAGAGAAUAAUUAUAAUAACGAUGAUAAUUAUGAUGAAGAAAUAAACGAUUCUAAUAAAUAUUUAAAGAAUAAUGAUAAAGAAGAAAGUAUUAAAAAUGAUGUGAAUAAAGAAGUAUCUCAUUUUAAUUUUAAUAAUGACUUAAAACAAAAAUAUAUUGAUGUUAAAGGUUUUAAAAAUGAAAAUAUUUUUAAUUUUAAAAAUAUAAUUAAGGAAGAUAAUAAUACUUUAAAAAGAGAAGAACUGUUUUCUUUUGAAAAUGGAAAGAAAUUAUAUAAUAGAGAAGAAAAUAAAAUUGAAGUAGCUACAUUUGGCAUGUGUAAUAAAAAUGAAUGGUUUGAAAAAUAUGAUGUUAAAAUAGAAAAUUGCAAAAAGUAUAACAGUUAUAAAAAUGAUAACAAUGAUAACAAAAAUAAGAAUCCAUUUGGUUUUAAAGGUUUAGAUAAGCACAUCGAGGAAAAAGAGGAAUAUGACAAAAGGUAUAUGGAUGGCAAUAAUUAUAUGAAAGGAAAAUUAAUAGGUAAUAUAUCACCAAAAAUUCAAAGAAGUCAUACAGAUAAUAACAUAGAAAAUUACAUAUUAGAUUCUGAAAAUAUGAAUACAUAUAAUAUUAUGAAUGAAGUUAAUCGUGUUUUACCAUAUAAUAAUAUUAAUAAUAUUAAUAAUAAUAAUAAAUUAAUUUACAAUCAGGGAGAUACAUUAAAUAGUAGAGAACAUACUAAAAAUAUAUCAAAAUAUAGAACUGUAGAUUAUAGUAAUGAUAUUUUAAAAACAGGAAAAGAAACUUAUAAAGAACUGACUAAAAGAAAAAAUGAAGAAAUAUGUGAAUUAUUAAAUAGUGAAGAUAAAAAAAAACAUAAUAUAAAACAUUUUCUGGAUAAAAUGAAAAGUAAAAAACACAUUGAGGAUUUUUUUAAAAAGGAAGAUAAAAUAUGUGAACGUUCAGAAAAGAAGGAAAAAUUAAAAAUAAAAUUUACAGAUAUAUUACAUGCAGGAGCAUUGGGUCACUUUUUUCAUCGUAAUAAAAAUGGUUUAUCGCGUUCUUUUGUAUCAUCUGAUGUUAAAAGAAAUAAUAGUUUUAAUUCUAUUAAUAAAAUAAAUAAAAAAGAUCAAUUAAAAUAUAAUACAUUAGAAAAAUAUGAAACAAAAAUUGGUGCAUUGGAUGAGAGCAAACUUGGGAAAGUCAGAAAUGAUAAAACAGUAAGUUAUAAUAAAAUUGAAUGUAAAAAUUCGAUAAAUUAUAAUUCAAAAACUGAAUUAAAUAUAGAUAAGAAUAAAGAUUUCAAUUUUGAUAAAAAUAAAUGGUAUAAAAUGAAUAAUGAUAAUGAGGAAAAAAUACAUUUUUUAAAACUUCCCAAUGGAUUAGAUAAUGACAAAAAAAAAGAAUUAAAAAGUAAUGAUAACGGAAUUGAUGAUAAGUUAUUAUCUUAUGUGGAAGAUGUGAAAUAUAAAAAAUACAAUGAUAUGAGUAAACAAAAAAAUGGUAUUCCAAAACAAUUAGUAAAUAAUAGAAGAAAUAUGAUUAAUAAAGAUUAUUAUGAAAAAAAAUAUAAUAUCAAAGUAAAUAGAAAUAAUGAAGAAAAUGGAGUGGAUGAAAAAAUGUUAUCUGUACAUGAUGGAGUUUUUAACAAAAAUGAUUUUGAAUCUGGAGGAAAAAUUAAAGGAAUACCGAAUUUUCCUUUAAAUAAAGAAUUUAUAAAACAGAAUGAGAGAUACAAAGAAAAAGGAAAUGAAAAGUAUGAAAAAGACUUAGAAGUGAAUAUCGAUCAAACAUUGAGUAGAAAAAUGCUUGAGAAUAAUAAAUUAAAGAAACAAAAUAAUAUUGAUGAAGAUAUUAUGGUUACUCCUUUUUAUAUUAAAAGCAAAAUAGAUAAAGUUUUAAAAAAUAAUGAAAUAUUUGAAAAAUCAGCUAGAGCUACUUUUCAACAAUUUGAUGUGAAAAAUAAGAAUUUUUUACAUUUUAGUGAAAUUGAAUCCUUAAUACAAAAAUUGUGUCACAAUCUGGAGCUUCCUCCCGUAGAUAAGAAUAUAUUAUCUAUCGUGUAUAAAGAUUAUGACAGCAGCAAAAAUAAUAGAAUGAAUUAUACGGAUUUUCGGCAAAUGUAUUGGGAUUUAUUGAAGCAGAUAAAAAAAAAAUAUUACCCUACGAAAAAUUUUAAAAUAAAAAGGAACUGUAUUAUAAGUAGAAAAAAAUUGGGUGGUUAUGAUUAUUCUUCCAUAUAUAAUUAUUUAAGUUUUAAGAAAAUACUUGGGUAUGGUGCUUUUGGUGAGGUACAUUUAGUAGAGGAUAAUAUAUGUAAGUUAUAUAAAGUGGUGAAGAUUUUGAAAAAGAAGAGCAUGAAACAUAUUAAAAUAAAUGAAGAAAUUAAUGUAUUAAUAUAUUUGGAUCAUCCGAAUAUUAUAAAAAUAUUUGAUGUAUAUGAAAAUGUGGAUUGUACAUAUAUUGUAAUGGAAUUAUGUGAAGGUGGUGAAUUAAUGAGUAAAAUUAAAAAUUCAGAAAGCUUCAAUGAAACAUAUAUAAAAAACAUAAUGUUUCAAAUUUUAUGUGCCAUAGCAUAUAUGCAUAGUAAUAAUAUAGCACAUAAAGAUUUAAAACCUGAAAAUAUACUUUUCAAAGAAAAAGGCGAUGAUACUUUAAAAAUUAUCGAUUUUGGUCUAGCAGAAUUAAUUAAUAAGUCAGAAGGAAUUAGUAAAACAGCUGCAGGAACAGUUCUAUAUAUGGCUCCAGAAGUAUUCAAAAAAAAAUUUACAAUCAAAUGUGAUAUAUGGUCAGCUGGAGUUAUCAUGUUUUUCUUAUUUACUAAAUCCUUGCCAUUUGGUGGAAAUACAUAUGAAGAGGUUAAACAAAGUAUAUUUAGGGAUGAACCAGAUUAUAAAAGUUUAAAGUCGAAAUUGUCUCAAACGGCAUUGCAUAUGUUGAAGCUAAUGUUGCAGAAGGAUUACAAUAAGAGGCCCAUGGCAUCAGUUCUUUUACACCAUCCGUGGUUUCAAGGAUAUUUCGACCCAAUUCAAAUUUCUCCCAACGUUUUAAACAAUAUGAAGUCAUAUAUGAAACAUUCAAAUAUAAGAAAUAUUAUUAUCAAUAUAAUGGCACAUGAAUUAAGUGUGAUCAAUAAUCACAUCAAGUAUAUCAAUGAGCUCUUUUAUAAAUUAGAUACAAACCAUAACGGAUCAUUGAGUCAUCGAGAAAUUUAUACCGUUUUGGCUAGUGUAGGAAUAAAAAAAUGGGAUAUUAAUCGGAUUCUUCAGGCUUUGGAUAUUAACGAUAGGGGAAACAUAACUUACACAGAAUUUAUGGCUGGCUGUUAUAGAUGGAAAAAUAUCGAAUCGACCUUUUUGAAAGCCGCUUUUAACAAAAUUGAUAAGGAUGAAGAUGGUUACAUUAGUAAAAGUGAUAUCGUAUCAUUAGUUCAUGAUAAAAUUUUAGAUAACAAUGAUAUUGAUAACUUUUUCUUAUCAGUUCAUAGCAUAAAAAAAGGGAUACCUAGGGAACAUAUUAUAAAUAAA